CAGCCCGCGGGCGCCGACGCCGCAGCAGCAGCGGCAGCCGCGCCAGCAGCAGCGGGCGCAGCAGCAGCCAGAGCAGCGCCGCCGACGCCGCCAUGCUCUCGCCGCCGCCGCUCAGUCUCGGCGAUGCACCGCUGCAGCCGCUCGACUUCGACGAGCUCGAGCCGCUGCCGCCGUCGCGCCUCGACGUCUCGGGGCCGUCGCCCGGCUUCACGCUCGGCUCGCGCUCGCACGCGACUCUCUCGCCCGCCGAAGUCUCGCCGCAGUGGAGCGCAGCAGGCUCGGCCACAGGCUCGCCGCGGUCCACUCGCCAGACACGCAUCAUGCCGGCCGCUCCGCCGCCGCUGAGCCUCGACACAGAGAUGCUCGCCUCUGCACAGACGGCGUCGACAACGGCCUCGCCCGAGAGCUGCAGCGGCGCAGCGCCUGCGCAUGACGCUGCACAGGCCCCGCGUGCUGCUUCGGCUCGCUACCUCACCGUGUCUGCCGUGCUCUCGCGCUCUGGCAAGGCACACGUCGUACGAGCAGACGAGGGCGCGGAGGACGUCCUCCGCCUGCCUUCGGGCAGCUCAAAGUGCCGGAGAGUCAGCAAUGGCGGCGCUCUCGAGGCCGUGGGCGCACUGCUGCUCAGCCGCGGCGACUCGCUCGGCGCGGCUUCGAAUCUGAGCUCCCAGCGCCACAGCGCUGCCGGCGCCAGAGUGCGCAAGGAAACAUCUAGACGACCGAACCUCUUGACACGUGCUUCGCGCGCUUGGAUGCAGGGGCUCAAGGAGGUCGGCGCGACUCGCUUCGGCAUCGCCAUGCCCGAGCUGUCUGGCGCCUCGCCAGGCGGCACAAUAGCCGAGCGGCGCGCUCGUAGAGCCCAGGCAGAGGCAAACGGCAUCGCUGUCGUAGGCGGCCGGCGCAACCAGCCCUCUUUCGAAGUGCCGCGCCCGCCCAAGAGCACCUCGCCUGCCAGAACUCCGCUGCGCAGAGCGCAGUCGGCUGGCGUGCCGUCCAGUUUGCCGCCCGCGUCAUCCUCGGUGUAUGGGCGCGGCUCAGCAUGGGGCGUGCAGGAGGCUCCAGAGGCACCGCCGAGUCCGAUUGGUAUGCCGGGCGCGUGGAGCGGAGGCGCGACGGGCUGGAGCUCGAGGUCUGGCGAGGGACACGAGGACGGCGCAUUGUUAUUGCCGCCGCCACUGCUGGAUGACCACAGUAGCGCACGCAGCUUCGAAGGUCUGCUGGGCGUGCGUCGCAUGCGCGAGCGAGAAAAGGAACUCAAGCGCGUGCAGAAGCAGUUCGAGCGGAAUCGGCCGCUGCACAAGGUCGGCAUGCUCACGGCGCUCUCCAACUUCGUCAAGGCCGCGCACGCGGCAGAUCAAGCGACCAAGGCGAUGGCACGAAGCGGGCGGCGGGGUGCGCCCGAGUUCCGCCGUCGGCACACCGAGCCCGCCCAGGAUGUGCCGCUCAAGACACCGAGUGCGCCUGCGGCGGGCGCGGUCGACAUGGCGCGCAGGCCCUCUUUGCGCAAGGGCUCGAUUGACAUGUCGCGCUCGCUGGAGACGGUCUACGAGGGCGGCGUGCUGGACGCCGGGGCUGCUGACGACGCCGACCUCUUCAAUGAGAGCUCCCUUUCGCUGAGCGAGAGGCACUCGCGCGGAUCGAGCGCGUCGUCCAUGGACGGCAGCGCACCGCGUGCGCCGCGGCUGCUUCCCGUUCAUCUCUCAGUGCCCGGCUCGCCGUUCACGCCCAUGGCACUAGACACGCGGCCCAGCUCGCGGCGCGCCAGCCUCGUCUCGUCGCCCGAGUCACAUCCUCAUUCGCCCGACACGCCGCGGCUCGGCCCCACCUUGCUCAGUCUGCCACCCUCGCCUUGGACGCCACACGCGUCCUUCACAGGCGGCACUCAGUAUCAGUUCGCUCUGGCUAUGACCGCGGCAGCCUACGCACAGCCAGGCACGCCACGUCUGGAACCCACGCAUCUGGAGAUCAUGCCCUCCCCCAUGCCCACGCCGAUGUCCUCCCGCCCAUGGACGCCAGUCAUCAGAUCGCCGCCGUCGCUCGCCACGACACCAAGCCGUCUCUCUCCUUCCUGCUCGCCUGUGCUGUCGGGCCUGCGCGUGCGGAAGCGCGCGGUCAAGAGCGGCGACUCGCUCGACGACGCCGAAUUCCGCUCGCGCACCUCAUCGGCGAGGCUCACGCCCUCGGCCAUGCUGGUCACGGCCACCGACGACAUCUCGACGCCGCCUGCCGCACCGCGAAUUCUGCCAGACAGCGUGCCUCCUCAGCAGAAGCAGCGUCGGCGAAGCAUUCCAUCUGAGCCCGCCGCAGCUGUCAAGCACAACGAUCAGCUCGACAAGCCGGUGCGCAAUUGGCUGCUGUGGUUCCUGCUCGGCGAUCUCGGCCUCGGCGCGUCUCAGUCGCUGAUGCGUCACGGCGCCGUCGCUGCCGGCGUCGUGCAUCUCUACGGGUUUGUCGUCUUCACCCUGGCGCACGCCAUCGACCUGGGCUACCGUAUCGGCGAGGUCGUUGUGAUGACGCUGUGGUUCCUGCGCUGGCUGGUGCUCAACAUCACUGGCCAGACGAUCUUAAGCCGCUGCUUUAUCGACGCGUACAGCCUCAUCAAGAGCGAGUGGGCGAUGGUAGCGCUCGAGGACCACGAGAACCGCGGCAAGAAGCUGCGCAAGGGCGAAGAGCAGGCGCGGGGCUUGAGUCGCUGGGAGACCGUGCGCAGCCUUGUUGAGCUUGUCUGCCUCUACUCGGUGACGCGGCAGCGCUAUCUCGACGAGGGCGCAGGCCUGCAGCGCCUUGAUCCGCCGCGCGGCGGGCAUCAUGCAUCCCGCUCAGCCUCCAGCGGGAGCACUGCCAACGCCGACAGCCGCCGCGAGGAGAAGGAUGACGCGGAGAACGACUCGGAUAGCGACGACGAUCUGGUCGUCACCCGUCAGGGAGCAGACGUGCUUGAGUUCUCCAAGACGCCGCGUCUUGAGCCACGCCUGGCGCACGGCGAGCGCUCGCGCUCCGGCAGCGACAGCUACUUUGCUGCACCUGGCUCAGCGCGCACCCCGGCCGCGGACAGCUUGACGGCGCACGCAGCCGCCUCUGGUUGUCUUGACCGGCGCGCUCUGAUCCGCACCAUCAAGUGGGCCAGCCGUCUCGCGAUCUCGGCGUACGGCCUGCACGUCACGCUAGUGGACCUGCCGGCCACCUUCACGCCGUCCGGCAAUCGCUUCUCACGCCAGACGUUCGCCCACCUGUCGCGCAUUCGUUCGGACGACGUGCUGCACGCAGACAUCCAGACGCUCGAUUCGGACACGUACCACCCGACGUUCUACCUCAUUCGCGACUAUGCGCGGCGGUGCGUCUGCGUCUCUGUACGAGGCACGCAGAGCCUGCAGGACAUCAUCGUCGACCUCGAGUUCAACACAUCGACGAUGGAGCUGUCGCCGCUGCCGGGCGAAGAGGCCUCCUCCGACGAGCUGACGUGCCACGCCGGUGUGCUGCGGGCCGCCAAGACGCUCGUCAGCAAAGACUCGACGCUCUUCUCGAUUCUCUCACAGGCACUGGCCGAGAACGAGGGGUUCGACUUGGUCCUCACCGGGCACAGCCUUGGCGGCGCGAUCGCCUCGACCGUGGCGCUGCUGCUAAGCGAAUACCGCGUGCCGCCCGGCGCUGCCCACGCGCAAGGCGAGUGGAUCACGCGCGACGACAUCGGCUUGCCGGCCGGCCGAGGCAUCCGAGCGAUCACAUUCGCGCAUCCGGCGGCAGUCAGCGCUGCUCUAGCGGAGCGUGCCACACUCGGCGCUGUGCCGCUCGUCACGUCCGUCGUGCUUGGCAGCGAUAUCAUCCCGCGCUGCGGCCACGGACAGGCGCGUGAGCUGCGCCGCCUGCUCGGCGCCCUGUCGCGCGUCCGCCGACGGCACGCCCGCCGGCGCCAGGACGACGGCGAGGACGCACGCGUGCACAUUGUGCGCAGCUGGUGGGACUGGAUGCGGACGCAGCGUGCCGGCGCUGCAGUCGAGCCGUCACGAGCGCGCAAAGCACGCCGCACGGAGGACCAGCUGUGGCGCCUGCGCUGCGAGGUCGAGAACGAUCUCUACGCGGCCAUCAAGCUCCGCAGCAACGACAGUCCCGCCGGGGAGGGCGGCAAGUCUCGCUCGGCCGUGCCGCCGUCGCCCUGGGUCGGCCCGCAGCAGCGGGCGUCUGCGCCGCUGCACCAGCUCGCCGCACGCCGGCACGCCCUCGACGCUGCAACGCUGCGCAGCGAAGCGGCGCUCGGCGGCAUCCUGAUCCCGCCCGGCCGCUCCAUCUGGAUCAACGGCACCGACCUCUACCUUAUCACGGCGCCGCUCGCCUUCUACAGCACGCCCGACCUCUCCCUCUCCUGCCUAGACAUGCACCUGCCGAGCCGCUACGAAGAGUUCAUCGACGAGCUUGCCUGACCGCUUCCCUCCCCUCAUCUCAUCCAUCUGUAUUCUGCUGCCAUGUCCGCCUCUGCAUGCAUCUGCUCUACAUCGGU